AUGUUUCAGUUUUUUAGAAAUGCUUUGGAUACACAGAAUGAAGAACUGAAAAUGUUACAUAAUGAAGUAACAGAACUAGAAAGAGCAAACAGUGAAAUACUUGAUUUUGUUCAUAAGAAUGGAAGAUUGCCAGAAAUUACUGUAACUAGGAGGUCGCCACAUUCCUCAGUAAUAACUGAUGUGAUUUCAAAAAACGCGGAAGAAUUAAGCAGAGGAUUGAUGUCAUUGGGUUUGGAAUCAUCAAAAUCCAAUCACAUCGUUGAUCAUAUUCAGAAAAAUAUGGACAAUGUAGUAAACACGGAUACUACUGCUUAUGAAUCCCAGUUAGAUUUUGACAAGAAAACAACUUGUUUGACACCACAACGUGGUAUCGAUUCCCCUAUUUCUGAGAUAGUGGACGUAUCUGAUCAUAAUGAAUCGCCAGCCAAUCCUGAAUGCUCCGGUGAUGAUUCUAACCAAUCUCAAAAUGACGGUCAACCCAAUAUUCUUUUCCUCCCACUUUUAGUAUAG